AUGCAACUGAAAUAUCCACAUUUGCCAUGUUUGCAAGUUGGCCAGGAACAGAAGCAUACUUAUUUACCGCCAGAAGUUUGCAAUAUUGUUGCCGGCCAGCGUUGCAUCAAAAAACUUACUGAUACUCAGACCAGUACAAUGAUAAAGGCCACAGCGCGUUCAGCACCGGAACGUGAACGUGAAAUAUCAAAUCUUGUUCGCCGAGCCGAAUUCAAUGCUGAUCCAUUUGCGCAUGAAUUUGGAAUUGCAAUAAAUUCGGCAAUGACUGAGGUCAAAGGUCGUGUGCUAACGGCGCCCAAAUUGCUGUACGGAGGUCGAACAAAAGCGACUGCUCUCCCGAAUCAGGGUGUCUGGGAUAUGCGUGGCAAGCAAUUCCAUACAGGUGUCGAAGUGAAAGUUUGGGCAAUCGCUUGUUUUGCACAACAGCAACAUGUCAAAGAAAAUGAUCUCCGGAAUUUUACCACUCAAUUACAACGAAUCUCAAACGAUGCGGGUAUGCCGAUUAUUGGACAGCCAUGUUUUUGCAAAUAUGCAGUUGGUGUUGAUCAAGUGGAACCAAUGUUCAAAUACCUCAAAACAACAUUUGCAGCACUUCAACUUGUUUGUGUGGUACUUCCUGGAAAAACACCAGUUUAUGGUAAAAAUUUUUGUUCGGCCUAUAAUGUACAACAAAUGGAAAAGCGGUUUCCUCUCCCCACCUAUCCGACCCAACUUGAAACACGGACCAAGAAGUUUAGCAUAUGAGC